AUGAGCUCUUUGAGUUUGGAGCAAGAAGGACCUCGUCGCUCAGAGCGCCUGGCGAGACGGUCGAGAGACACCUCUAGAUCAACUUCACGGAUGAGAAGAGAAAUGACCGCACAGCCACGCCGCGCUCGUCCGUGCGCGGACCAGUUCUGCGUUUAUAACAGCGGACUCGAUGAGAAGAUUCCAUCUUUUCUCAUCGAAUACAAAGCCCCGCAUAAGCUGUUUCUCGCCCAUAUCAAAGCCGGACUGCAGGAUAUGGAACUUGACCGCAUCAUUCAAUACCAAAAAGACGAGUCACCGGAGGACAUCUGCCGCCGUGUUGUCGCCGCAGUGAUUACACAGCUCUCUCACUACAUGUACGAAGGCGGAAAUGAGUACGGCUGCGUGGCCACGGGCGAAGCAUUCAUAUUCCUUCAAGUGCCUCAUGAUAGUCCUUCGACCAUCCUAUACUAUCUAUCAGUACCGAAAGAAGAUGUUCGCAACACCACUGGUUGGCCCAGAGGUGGCAAUCGGCUACAUCUAACCGCAGUCGGCCAGCUGUUAGCUUUCACCCUGCGAGCUCUGCGAACUUCUCCACGGGAUAUGGAAAAUGGUAUAUGA